AUGGUUCUCCCUCGAUCUGCCAUGCGCGGCUUCUCAGCUGCCCGUCUCUUCCGCUCUUCUGCCCGUCCUGCUGCUCGUGCUGUUGCCAGAAGAGGCUACGCCAGCGGCCACGGUCACUCGGCUCCCAGCAGCGACGNNAUCCUCGGCUCUGCCGGUAUCACCAUUCCUGGUGCUUGGUACCUCUGGCCCGAUUCAUCCAACGGCGAUGCUCACGGUCCCGGUGACGCCCACGCCAAGCACGUCGAGGAGCACCCCGAGGUCGAGCAGCCCGAGGAGGAGUCUGAGGACCAGCCCCAAGAAGAAUCCAACGAUGAGUCCAAGUCUGAGGCUCACGACCCCAAGGACGACGGCGAGUCCAAGGAUGAGGGCGGUGCUCUGAAGGACGGUCAGGGCGAGAAGACCCAGGAGCAGCCUCAGGCCAACAACGAGCCCGCUGUCGGCGAGUCCAAGAGCAAGCCCACCACCGAGGGCAAGAACAUGCCCGAGAGCAAGGGCAAUGUUGAGGGUGUCCAGUUCAAGGGCAAGACCAACCAGGGCGACUCGGACAACGAGAUGCCCGAUGAGCGCAAGCGUGAGCCUGACGGCAAGGGUGGCUUCAAGAAGCGCAUCGACUCUGGCUACGGCAAGAACCUCGGCGAGGGCCCUGAGCACAGAGAUGAUGGCUCCACUAGCGCUGCCACUUCCAAGACCACCUCCACCGGCGGUCAGGGCGACAUCUCUACCAAGCAGUCUGGUCUUUCUACAACACCUACCAGACACUCCACACGUCGUGCANUUGAUUUGGAUCCGGAGAUGUCGAAGAAGGCAAGGCUAGCAUCCUGCCGUCCUCUUGAUGUAAAUACUAACGACAUUACAGNNGGUGAGGGUGCUCCUGACACCGCAAAGUCGCAAGGAACCAUCUCCGUGAACCGUCCCACUCCCGAGCAGCAGAAGGACCAACCCAAGGGCGAGGAGAAGGAUGAUCAGCCUACCGCUGACAAGAAGAAGGAUGGCGAGUAG